AUGGAGAGUGGUAAGGAGGACAAGUCUAAGAUUAGACACUUUACCGUGAAUUUUGGUCCUCAGCACCCUGCUGCUCACGGUGUGUUGAGAUUGAUUCUCGAGUUGCACGGUGAGGAGAUCAUCAGGGCUGAUCCUCAUAUCGGUCUGCUUCACAGAGGUACCGAGAAGCUCAUCGAGUCCAAGACUUAUUUGCAGGCUUUGCCAUACUUUGACCGUCUUGAUUAUGUGUCCAUGAUGACCAACGAGUUGUCCUUUGCUUUGGCCACUGAAAAGCUGCUGAACAUCGAGGUUCCAAUCAGAGCCAAGUACAUUAGAACCCUUUUCGGUGAAAUCACCAGAAUCUUGAACCACUUGAUGUCCAUCUUGUCCCACGCGAUGGAUGUUGGUGCCUUGACGCCUUUCUUGUGGGGGUUCGAGGAGCGUGAAAAGCUUAUGGAGUACUAUGAGCGUGUUUCUGGUGCUAGAUUGCACGCUGCCUACUUUAGACCAGGUGGUGUUUCCCAGGAUAUCCCACAAGGUUUGUUGGAUGACAUUUACAUGUGGGCUACACAGUUCGGUGACCGUAUUGAUGAAACCGAAGAACUAUUGACCGACAACAGAAUCUGGAAGCAGAGAACCAUUGGUAUUGGUAUUCUGACUGCAGAGGAGGCCAUGAACUACGGUUGUUCAGGUGUCAUGCUCAGAGGUUCAGGUAUCCCAUACGACGUCCGUAAGGCUCAGCCAUACGAUGCAUAUGACUUGGUUGACUUUGAUAUUCCAGUUGGUCUCAACGGUGACUGUUAUGACCGUUACCUAGUCCGUAUGGCUGAGUUCAGACAGUCCUUGAGAAUCAUUGAGCAGUGUUGCAAUGAUAUGCCACCAGGUCCUGUCAAAGUGGAGGACUACAAGAUCUCCCCUCCACCAAGAGCAUUGAUGAAAGAAGAUAUGGAGGCCCUUAUCCAUCACUUCUUGCUCUUCAGUAAGGGUUAUGCUGUACCACAAGGUGAGACAUAUGUCCCAAUUGAGGCUCCAAAGGGUGAGAUGGGUGUAUAUCUUGUCAGCGAUGGUUCUGAGAGACCAUACAAGUGUAAAAUCAGAGCACCAGGUUUCGCUCACUUGGGUGCGUUUGACCACAUUGCCAGAGGUCACUUCCUUGCCGAUGCUGUUGCAAUUAUUGGUACCAUGGAUCUUGUGUUUGGUGAGGUUGAUCGUUAA